GAUUCUUAGCUUUUGAUAUUGUUUAUAUAACCAAAAAUCAGAAAUAUUCUGUUUAUAUAGCCAAUUUGGAUAUUUGGCCCAGGAAAAUUAAAAAAAAAUGUCUCCUACCUAAAAUACCCCCUAACCUUUUAAACCCUUCUUUUCAAAGAGAAUUUAUUUCUCUUCCCUUCCCGCAGAGCUCUGUAGAACCUCCUCUUCCCUUCUCGCAGAGCUCUGCAGAAAUCGGCAAUUCAGAGCUCGUUUUUUUUCUUCAGAUCUCGUUUAUCAAUCAUGAUGAUUAGCGAUUGUUUAAUACGUUUGUAGAAUCCAAGUUUCAUCUAAUCGAAGUUUCAUCAAUUGGAGUUUCAUCUAAUCGAAAUUUCUGAGUUGGUUUUGAAGCAAUUGAAGUUUCUAUAAUAGCGUCGAAUCGAUGUGAAGUUUGUGUGUUCAAUUGUGAUGUGAACUGAAUUAGUAUGUACUUCUGCUAAUUUGUUUACAUAUUAUCAAUUGAAUACAUCCAGAUUCAGAAGAUUUGUUUUUAUAUAUUCCUUUUGAAGAUGGAUCGUCAUUUUCUCUGUGUGGUUAUCCGGGGUACCGAUGCGUGUCCAUACCAAGUUACUACGAAGUCAACAGUUGAUGAGUUGAAGGCGCAUGUCUGUUCUUAUUGGAAUAGAAUUUUACCGGACUCAAUUCAGUUUGUAUUUGACUAUGAGGGGAGAAGCAAUGUUGUUGACAGUGAUGUGAAGCUCUGUUCUUUCUUGUCAUUGUGUAUUGUUAACCAGUUGUCUUUCUUGGAGCUUCGUUUAUUUGAACGUGUUCCUCUUCGUGCUCUUGAUUUUGUUCGUGAACCUACUACGAGCGAGUUUAGUUUAGCACCAGACCCUAGUAGAGAUCAGUUGGUUAAUCCUUGUCAUCUUCCGAGCAGCAGUAGAAUGAGCGAGUUUCGUUUAGCACCAGACCCUAGCAGAGAUCAGUUGGUUAAUCCUUGUCAUCUUCCAAGCAGCAGUAGAAUGAGCGAGUUUCAUUUAGCACCAGACGCUAGCAGAGCUCAGUUGGUUAAUCCUUGUCAUCUUCCGAGCAACAGUAGAAUGAGCGAGUUUCGUUUAGCACCAGACCCUAGCAGAGCUCAGUUGGUUAAUCCUUGUCAUCUUCCGAGCAGCAGUAGAAUGAGCGAGUUUCGUUUAGCAGCAGACCCUAGCAGAGCUCAGUUGGUUAAUCCUUGUCAUCUUCCGAGUAGCAGUAAAGUUACUCCUACACCUACAAUGACGGAGUUGCUUUUAGCUCAGUCACCUAUUCCUUCCUCUCAAAAGCUUGUAUCUUCUCAAGAUAUACCCAUGUCUCAAGAACAUACAUACAAUGGAAAGUUGGCAAUUAAAAGAUCUUGCAAGGCGGCUGAAUAGGAGUUUAUUAUAAAAGGUGUUGGUCAAGAUUCUUAUGGAGGACGAGAUGAAGCUCGUCUUGUUGUUGAGAAAUAUAACCAUUUUUUUGGUCGCAGGGUGAGAGUCGUCAAGAGCAAUACAGAACGACAUAUGGUGGAAUGUUAUUACAAGGAGAAAUUGGAAUGCGACUGGAUGUUUCAUGCAGCUCCCAAGACUUCCAAUGUGAAGGGUCACUUAUUCCUCAAGGCCUAUAACGGGGAACAUAAAUGUUGUGCUGGUUAUAGUGAUGGAAUAAAGGCUGAUCCUGUUACGCGCGAACUUAUCAAGAGUUUGAUAUUUGAGCAGAUUGAACAGAAUCCCAACAAGAAAGCCAGGGAUAUUGUUAGAGAACUCAAAAGUGAUUAUGGGUUGGAAGUGAGCUACGAUCAGGCGCAUGCCGGGAAAUAAUUAUGUUUCAAGGAGUUUUAUGGCGAGGACAUUAAAUCAUACACUGACUUGAGAUGGUGGUGUGAAUCCGUGAAGAAAAACGAUCCAGGUAGUAGGGCUGAUUUAGUUGUUGAAGGUGGCGAGUUUAAGAGUUUGUUCUUAGCCUUCGAUGCUUGCAUCUCUGGUUUCGAAUAUUGUCGCCCGGUACUGUUCUUGGAUGCAACUUUCCUAACUGGAAAAUUUAGGGGUUGUCUUAUGGCAGCUACCGGGAAGAAUGCGAAUAAUGCUGAAACUGUUGAGAAUUGGCAUUGGUUCUUGAAGAAACUAGAAUCUAUCUUGGGUCCUCGUGUACUAACUUUUAUUUCGGAUCGCCAUGAGGGUUUGAUCCAAGGGAUUCGUGAUGUUUUCCCAACUUUCUAUCAUGAUUGGUGUUACCACCAUUUGAAGAAUAAUGUCCGCAGUAAGACCAACAAGAAAAAGGGAGAGCAUUGUGCUGCGAUGGGUUUGUUCAAAGAAUGUUUCUAUUCAUCGACUCAUGAAGGCUUUGAUCAGGGUAUGCAAAAGUUGAAGGAUAUGGGAUGUGAUGGUCUUCACAAAUUCUUGAGUGAGAUUCCAGUGGAAUGUUUGUCCAAUGCACAUUGUCUGGGCUGUCGUUACGGCUACAUGUGUUCAAACAUUGCAGAGUCCUUCAACUCUUGGAUCAAGGAAGCAAAAGGUAUGCCUAUUGCAACACUUGUUAACUGGAUCAGACUUAAAAUUAUGGAACAGAUGAGUACAAGGAAGAGCAAGGGGGCGACAUAUAAAGGAUUCAUUUGUCCCAGGCUAGAGAAAAAAAUAUUGGCUUCCAUUCGUGCUGGUGUCCAGUGGAGAAUAACCAAGUCUGGUUACAUGGAGUGGGAAGUUUUUGAUGGAAAGUACACGCAUGUUGUUAAUAUUGCGAGGUUUCAGUGCAGCUGUAGGGUUUGGUUUACUGAGCAGUUCCCUUGUGGUCAUGCUAUUGCGUGUAUGCAUUCAAAUAACAUCAAUGUUUACGAGUACAUUAAUCCGUAUUUCAGCAUUGCUAGCUUCCGUGCUUCGUAUGAUCGUCCUAUCAAGCCCAUUCCCGAUUACGACAAGCCUAUUGAUGUUGCUACUGGAGAUCUCGUGAACCCACCAACUGUCGUAGGAAAAAAACAUGGUAGGCCGAAGAAGAAGCGGAUUCCUAACACAAGUAGUGCAAGUUUCAAGAGACCAAUUAUGUGCGGUAACUGCCAUACUCAGGCACAUCAUAACAAGACGACGUGUCCUCAUCCUCCUGCGAAAAAGCAACGUUAAGUACCUGCUUAAGAACAUCUCCAGCCUUCAUUUCUUCUGUGCAGCUUUUUACCAUGAUAUCUUUUAUUAGAUUUUUACCAUGAUAUCUUUAUUAGUUUAUUCUUCUCUGCAGCCUCUUGUUGCACAUCUAAGAUUCAUUUAGAAUUUACCUUGGAUUGUUUCUUUUGUUCAUAAAAAUAUA